UCUUAUUUCAUAGUGUUCCAUGGCUUUCAAUUGUUUUGUCUAAAUGUUUUUCAUCGAGCAAAAUAUUUAAUCUUCUAUAAAGUCAAAAUUUUUCCAGCUAAUCCGUUUUUAUUACACGAAAAACCAAUAUUACGAGUAAUGAACACGUAUUGGAUUUGUUCCGAAUUUAUUCGCUAGGAUCAUUCAUUGUCAUCACUUUCACUUUUCACACGAUUUGCUAUAAUAGUGGUUCUAGUGUGCAUUGAGGCGCUGUCGCCAUGGAUGACACCAUGUCGACCCUAACGAAAAUGACCCGCACGGUGAAAAAACUGGAGGUGCCCAGACCCUUGAAAUCGACGACCAGUUCUGCACACAACCGCAAUUCUGUGUUGGACGUCAAAAUAAACUCUGUUGAUGACCUCAUAGUGUUGACAGAAGCGGUAGCAUAUCAAAUGAUGCAGGGUAAUUAUGACCGUGCUCUCCAAAGUAAUGUGGCCACCAUGUACUCUAAUCUAAAGCUUUAUGGUGCCCAGCUCGAAGCUCUUUACAAGGAUUUUCUUGAUAGAUAUUUUGUUGUGUUCCGCAAUGGUUCACAAGACGAGAGGCUUGAUAAGAAAACUAGACUUCAUCUACUUGAGCUGAUAGAGCUGCGCGCUAAACUCUGGCAGGGCUCCGACUACAUGAGUCAAUAUUAUAGACAUCGCGGCACCCACGCAGAGCCACUGCUGGUGCCGACGAUGGAGGGGUCGGGUUCGGGUGGCUCGGUGUCCCCGACGCUGGCUGCGCCCGCCGAGCCGCCCUCGCUGCUCGGCCCCGGCGAGAUCAUCAAGCCGUCGGGCAAGUUCCCCAAGCCCACCAAAAUCCCCGGCAAAAACUAUUCCAAGGACGAGGUCGUCAUCAGGAAUGCCGACUCCGGGAAAGUGAUGGGUAUCAAGGGCAGGAGGGUGCACAUGAUCGAGGAGCUAAGUGACACGAUUAUAUCGUUUCAGCGAGUAAGUCCUGGUGCAAAGGAGCGCCUCGUCCAAAUCACGGGGCCGAAUGAAGAGAAUGUAAACCACGCGAAGCUGCUGAUCGGCGACACGAUCCGUCGCAACGCGUCGCCGGUGCGGCUGGAGGGCUCGCUGGAGGGCGGCGCGCUGGCCGGCUCGCGCGCCUCGCUGGACUCCGCCGGCUCCGACGACGCGCCGCGCCCCAGGGAGAAAUCUCCUCACAAUUCUCGGGCUUUACUUCAUAGCUUCUCUACGAAUGACGCUGCAUUAGGGGAAUAUAAGUACACUGUGACUUUUGGGCAACAUUCCAUUAAGAUCACGGGCAAUAAUUUGGAUCUUGUUAAGACUGCGAAGUUAGUGUUAGACGAGUACUUCGAGAGCGCCGGCGCCCUGGAGGCGAUGGGCGCGGGCUCGGGCGACUUCUUCACGCUGUCGCAGCGGCCCGCCGCCGCGCUGCUGCUGCGCGACGACGCCGCGCUCAACGGCAACGACGACGACGUGUUCGUGCCCGCCGACAGCGACAGCGCCGCGGCGGGGGAGGGCGAGCUGGCGCCGCGCCGCCCGCGCUUCUCGCGCGCCACCAGCAUUGACAAGAACCAAGGCGGCGGCGGCGCGCGGCAGACGUACACGUACGAGACGCUGGUGCAGUACGCGGACUCGCCGCUGAGCAAGCUGCCGCCGCACGGGCUGGGCGCGUUCCCGGCCGAGCUGGCGCGCAAGAGUUGCCUGGAGUUCGACAGCGCCAGCUACCUGAAGAAGGUGCGUGCAGCGGGCGGCACUACAGUGGCCGCCGUAGACGCGCCCGACUCGCCUGAGCCCGAGUAAAUCUCUUCGCCGCGGUUCGCUCGCCUCGCACGCAAUCUUCACACUGCACACGAUACUACAAAAUUGUUCUUAAUAUUAUUAGUUCAUAAUACGUAGGCAACAAAGGCACGUACGACUGUAACACGGUACGCACCCACGCGAGCGAACCUGCCGAUGCGCACGUUAUGGCAGCUGAGUCACCGGAGGCCGCUACGGACUGUUACGUUCCUCUACUUGGGCGCCACUGAGACGAAGCGACGUAUUGCUUUACGUACGAGCGCCUCGUUUCAAGCCUUGUUAAACGAGUCCGUUUUAUUAGAACACUUUUUUUUAGCGAGCUUCACUUUAAACACUAAUUUAGCAGACUUAAUUUAAAGUAUUAGCACACCAAAAUAUUUAUUUUUUUAGUGGUGGUAUCGUAUACCUCAUUUUGUGAAUUUUUAUUUCAUAAAUUAGCUGUGGAUCUGAUUAUAAAAAUGUGAUAAAAACUGCUUAAAUGCUAACUUGAUUUACACAAAUCCACAGUCUCACGUUGAUCUCCCAUCAAUGUUUUUAUUAUUUCCAACUUAACAUCAAACGUUUCAGACCAUUUUCAGCUAAAUGUCAAUUCUUCUAGCUAAAAAAGAUUGACAUUUUCAUUGAUAUUUUGUUGUAUAUAUUAUUGACUCUGUUAGUUUGGGAUAUCAUAGAGUGAUUCCAUUUAUUAUUAUAAGAAGAAUGCAUGCAUUUCUUUCGUGUGUUUGUAUACUCAUUUUCAGACUUUCUAGUGUCUAGUCCUGACGAGUAGAUGUGUCGAUUCUCACUAUAUCGUAAGCUUUUAUAUUUCUGAGAAAGCCUGCCAAUCUAAUACAUACUAUAUUAUUAGAGAUUAUAUGUUAUAUUUUUCUUUAUAUUAUUUGUUGUAUUAUUUUUGUUGUUUAAUUAGAGCUUUUAAAAUAAACUUGCUGUGCACUAAACCAAAUAAUUACUGUAGUGAGAACUAUUAUAAUAUAUCUAACGUACAUUUUUGUCGAUUGUCAGGCUUUCUUAUAUUUGGACGGUUAUAGUAGGUUAUCUUAAAACACUAAACCGGAGAAAUGAUUGAUGAUCUUCAUAUUACGAAAAUUCCUUGUUAUUUCGUAUAACAAUAACAUCGUCACUCGCUCACCUUAUUUUUAAAAUAGAAAGUAUUAAACUGUUAAAUUAUGAGUGGCAGGUAUUAAUUAAAAGACUAUAUUAUUUAAUUUAUUUACUUUGAUGAGGCUAGCGAGUGAUUCUUUACAAUUUAAACUUCGGGUAAAAUACUAUAAAAAUAAUUGGUGCUUACUCCUUGGGGAAGUAUUAUCGUUGAAUUUGUAAUUAAAGAUUUAUGUUUACACAUUUGUUUUUAUAUCAUAGACAUAUGGCUAUAAUUGUGAAAAUUGAUAUACUAAAUUUUCUAAUAAGGAAA